UUUUUUUUUGCAGUGAUUUCUUUUUGUGAUCUCAGUUCUCUCCUGCCUCUCAAAAAAUUAAUCAGAACUUGAAUCCAUCUGGUCUCAGCGUUGGAAAGCUAUUCUCUAAGCAGAGCAAAGAUGUUUAUUAAAGUUCAAUUCUUCAUCUUCAUUCUAGGGAGCGUGCCUUUCAUAGCACUUGCUGAAGAAGCGAGCUCAGUUCUAGAAGGAGAAGAAAGUGCAACAAUUGAUUUCAGAGACAGAAAUGACACAGAAUUCGAAGAAUUACCAACCCUGUUGCCCACAAGACUACACAGUGUAACAAAUCUCUUGCAGUUUGGACAACUGAUGACCACAGAAAGUGCAUUUGCUCCAACUGAAGACAGUGAAAAUUCUACUGGUUACGAAGCUAACACAGAAAAUAUUGAUGGUGGACUGAGUGGGGAACCAGAGAAAACUGAAAAAGGUGGUCUGGAAACAAUUGCACUGGUUGGAAUAAUUAUUGGAAUCAUAGUUGCAGUUGGAAUCCUUGCAGGAAUAAUCAUCGCUGUUGUAAGGAAGAUGUCAGGCAGGUACUCGCCCUGAAAAUAGGUGAAACAAGCAACCAUGCCAUUCUAUGCCGGAAAAUACAAGUGCUUCUUAUUUUAUAAGAACUAAAGACUAUUCCUGUAUUGAUGUGAGAGAUGAUCCAUGGAAAACGUGGUUGAAGAAUUUCAGAUCUAUGGGGAUCCCACACAGCUCUAAGGACUCUUCCCGCCCUCGCCCCUCUGUGCCCCAGACUACAGAGUAUGGAACAUUUCAUAGGAUUUUUACUAACCAGGACCUUACUGGAAGAAAGAAAAAAAGAUUAUGCAGUAAGGAAAAAAAAAAAAAAAGCAGCAAUGAGAUUUAAAUCUGAAACCUGAUUUGCAGGUAAAACAUGCUAGCUUUAUUUUUAAACAUUACCAAAGAUUAAUUCGCAUUACGUUUUUUCAUUUCUUUAAAAAACAUAUCCAGAAUCUUCUAAGUCUUUUUGGCUGGUUGAUGCUUGUGGCAUGUUUAUCUACCAAGUGAUGUAUCAAAAAGGAAGUAUUUGUUACAGAGAGAACCAAUUAUUUACAAAUGUAGAAAAUACUAACUAUUGGAAGCUAAAAUCUUUCCACUAUUGAUAUAGAUUUUCUGCUCUUGAUGCUUAUGUUAUUAUGUGGCAAAAUAUGGUAGGCUCAGCUGGAACUGCCCUACCAACGGAAAGCUUGCUCAUCUGACUGCUGCACCAGGAAUUUCCUGUCUUCCCUUGUUGCAGAGACAUGCAGGGAUUGAAAUACACAUCCUGAAUUAAAGGGUGCUUGGAAAAUACCCAGUUUUGAUGGGUCACUUUAGCCAGUUACUCAGCACGCUUCAGAGCUGACAUGUAGAAGCUUCUGAAUUAGUGUAGACAAUUUUUUUUCUUUAUAAUUGUCUAAUUUUCUUGUUGAAUAACGUGUGCAACACUAGAUAGGAAUAUGACAAUGAGAUAUAAUGUAUUUUUGAACUCUUCAACUUUUCUAUGGCAUAUUUAGGGCAGCAGUACCUGAAUUCAGAGAGUUCAGAGCAAAGGCUUUGUCCAAGUGGCUGCAAUGCAUCAUGUCUGCUGUAAAAAUCAUGAUAAUCCAUAUGGUCAAUAAUUGUUAAUCAUGUCAACUUCUCUAGAUUUGCUUUUCUGUUUCUUUCAUGUGCCAUGAACUAUCAUAUCAAUCCAAGCUUUGGAAAUAAAAAUUAUAAUGUAGAUGGUCUUAUUUCACAA